AUGGGGUCACUAGUUUUCAUGGUUCCAUCGACAAGUAGUCUAAACAGUCACUUUCGCCGUCAUAGUACCCUUACAAUUGGUACGCCGGCCGUUAAUUUUCCGGCUACAUGUCCCGCAAUCGGUCCCAGUGGUUUCGCCUCAAUUCAAAGACGUCAUUGUCAUGCAGAACCACUCCGCGAUGUAGACCAAGACUCAGAAGUCCCAGUUCAAGACCUUAGGGUGCCAAACCAUUGGUUAAACCCUUCUAAAGCCUCGGAGGAAUCAGAGUGGCUAAGAGUAACUCUGCACAAAUGGUUGGAUGAUGAGUACUGUCCUGAGGCAACCAAUGUAGAAAUCAGCAAGGUUGCUGCCCACUCAUACUACAAAUCUUUGGUGGAGAAACAAACUGAUUUGGGUGAGAUUUUAUUGAAAAUGGCUGGAGAACUGGAAUCUAUCUCCUACCAAGAAAGCUUUCACGGAGCAUUCUCAUCGGCAAAUGCAGCAGUAAAUUUGAUAAUCCAAAGGAUAGAGGACUAA